AUGGACAACACUUCGCGCCCGGACAAGCCGUCGAACGCCGCGAAUCCGACAACAACAGAACCAGAACCGUCGACCUCCGCCUCAUCGUCCUCCAGCCGGACCCUCCGCUCGAGCGCGCGCGUCAAGGCAGCCAAGGACAAGGGAAAGCAGAAGGACGAGCCACCGCAAGAACCCCGACAGACCCGCGCCCAGGCGAACAAGCGCAAGGGAAAGCAGCCCGCAGAGGACAGGCCUGCGAAGAAAGCGAAGCGAAGCAACGCAGGAAUCACCAUCAACGAACCGACAGCGGACCCCAAGGGCAAGAAGCGCGCGAUCGCGACUGGCUCUGACGACGAGGAAGGAACCGAGCCCGAGCCGAAGCGGACAAAGUACGCUCUCCGAUCAUCCACCACGACGAGCACCAUGCCCAAGAAGAACGUGACCAACCCAAACUCGCCCGCCAAGGCAAAGGUAGCCGCCGCCGCCAAAGGCAAACAGGCCGCGCCACCGCUGCCCGGGCCGUCGCGGCUCCGGGAGGAGGACGAGGAGGAGGACGGGGAUCAGAUGAUGAUGGGCGACGAGGAGAAGGUCGAGCAGGACGAGCACCACGACGACGCGGAGUUUGCCGGGGACGAGGAGCACGAUGAGGACGAGGAUGAGGACGAGGAGGGGAACGGGGGACCGGGCUCCGCGGCCGAGGCUGCGCGCGGGUUCGCCGGGCUGGACGCGGAGAGCGCGAUGGCCAUAUUCUCCGAUUUCCGGCAGCUGGGCUCGUACAUGGUCUCGCUCUCGGGCAGGCUCAAGACGAUGCUCCAGAACAUCAAGCCGACGGCAGACCCCACCACGCGCCUGCUCACCCUCCAGGAGCUGUCCGAGCUGCUCUCCAUCAGCACAGAGGACACGCUCGCAGGCAGCUUCCCCAUCGACGAGUUUGUCCGCGCCCUCGUCCGCAUCCUCGGAGGCACGGGCCGCACUCCCGAAGACGGCGAGGACGAGGACGGGGGCGAGCCCGACGAGCAGGACGAGGACGCGGCCCUUGCGGCCGCUCUGGCGCUUAGCAGUGGCAAUCAGUACGCCGGCGAUGACAACCUCGAGGCACAGGUCCUCGCCGCCCGCUGCCUCGCCAACCUCAUGGAGGCCCUCCCCGGCAUCGCUCAAACUGUAUCCUAUCACGGCGCUAUUCCUGUUCUUUGCAGCAAGCUGACCGAGAUCUCGUACAUCGACUUGGCGGAGCAGACGCUCAGUACGCUCGAGAAGAUAUCUGAGGAGGUCCCGGGACAUAUCGUCCGUGAGGGCGGUCUCGCCGCUCUUCUCACGUAUCUCGACUUCUUCUCCAUCGCCGUACAACGUACAGCCCUGCAGGCCGCCGCCAACUGUUGCCGCAACAUCAGCUCCGACAACUUUGGCAUGAUAUCGGCCGUAUGGCCCAUCAUCCGGAACUGCCUCGGAUACAGCGACCAGCGCCUCGUCGAGUUUGCCUGCCUUUGCGUCAUCCGCACCAUUGACAGCUAUCGAUCGUCGCCCGAGCAUCUCGAGUCUCUGGUCGAUGAGCCCCUGAUCAUCGCUGUCAACCAAUUACUCCUUCCGGCAGGUGGUUCGCCUCUCAUCGCGCAGGGCACCUUCACGCAGCUGCUUCGUGCGCUUGCAACCGCUGCUCGUACAAGUCCGCCCAUCACCGUGGCACUGCUCGAGGCUGGCAUCGUCGACACGCUCUACCAGAUCCUCACCGGCGUCCUUCCAGCAAGCACUUCGAGCGAACGCACCGAGCAAGGCAGCUCUGCGGGCGGUCAAGGUCUUGGAGGUGGACUCGCGGACAUGACGGUCAUGCAGAACCUUGCGCACCGACCCAAGGACCAGGUCGAAGAGGCGCUCAGUCUCAUUGCCGAGCUUUUGCCGCCGUUACCCAAGGACGGCGUCUUCGACCACAAAUCGUACACCGAGAAGUCGCUCGCACGCGCUGUCAAGGCGAAGGCCAAAGCUGCUCGUCAUGCAGCUCGCGAGGCCAACUUGGCAACGAUCAACGCGCUCAUGGGUCUUGGGCCGCCUAUCUCCAGCAGCUCGGCCACUCCCUCUGGCGCACCGUCUGAGGCUGCUACGCCGCCGGCUGACGUCGACGAGGAUGGCGGUCCGGUGCCUAUUAUGCCGGUGAAGGACGCACCUGCCGAGCGUCUUGCCGUGUUGAGGAAUAAGUCGGCGGUCGUGGGAAGGUUCAUGAGCCAUAUCGUGCCGAUCUUGGUCGAUGUCUAUGCUGCGAGCGUCACGACGAGUAUUCGGAUGAAGACGCUUACUGGGCUGCUCAAGGCGGUCAGCUUCCUCGAGCCCGAAGGCGUCAAGCAAGUUCUUAUGAAUGUGCCCGUCGCCGGCUUUGCCUCGUCGAUCCUGUCUUCGAAAGACCACCCGUCGCUCGUGAUCAGCGCCCUUCAACUCGUCGAGCUCCUCCUCAACAAGCAGCCUGCCGAGUACAAACCCGCUUUCCGCCGCGAGGGUGUCUUCCACGAGGUCGAGGUGCUCGCCCAACGUGCAUUGAUCGUGUCUAAGCUCAAGGAGAAGGAGAAAGACAAGGACGGCGCUGAGAUCGAGACACCCCCGCCUGCUCCCACGCCCGGCAGCCAGAUCCCCUCAACGUUGCCAGGGUACAAGAAGCUCACGCAGUUAUCCAUCGACCCUGAGGACGCUAUCACGCUUCGCGCGAGGGCUAUCAAGUUGCACCAUCUCAGCGCAUCACGCGAGAGUGAGGAUGCGGAUAGCCUGUUUGGCACUCUGCGUCGCAUCGUGGCUCGUUUGGCUGUCCCUACCCUCAGCGAGAAGGACGCGACUACGGCUAUGAACGAGCUCGCGGGCCUCUUUGCGCAUGCCAGUACGAGCGUAUCCUCAUUCGAGCUACUCCAGAGCGGCGUUGUCGAUGGUCUACUUGCUUUCGCCACAGACGAUGACCGUACCCUCUCCGUCGAGCGCCGUCAAGCUAUCCUUCUCACCGCAUUCCGCGGCGAGCCCGGGCCCGAGUUCAACGAGACACCGCUCAGCGUCUUCGUCAAGAAACUUCAAGAAUCGCUCACGCGCAUGGAAUCGUUCGACGUCGUGACCGUCUCGCCCGGCUCAGACGACUCAAAACGCGCAUCGUCCCCGUCCCUCCUCGCGCGCCAGCUCCGCCUUCGUCUCGUAGCAGACGGCGCAGACGUGCCGAGAAAUCUGAGCAAUAUCGUCGUGUCCAUUCACGCCAUCGCGACGUUCCAGGCGCUGCACGAUUAUCUGAGGCCGAGGGUCAGCGGGAUGCUCGUUGGGAGCGGUGCGAGGCUGAGCGGGAUGUUGGCUGCGCUGGCGGCUGCGAGGCCCGGUGCGAGCGGCUCGGGGAGUGCAGCCGCGAGCUCGAGUAGUGCGGUGUUACCGCCGCCGCCGCCCGAGGCUGGACCGUCGUCGUCAAGUGCUCCGCCACCGCCUCCAGCACCGACUCCGGCAAAGACUGCAAGGAGGCGCAGCUCGAGGCUGAGCGCGAAGAGCGCGCCGACGGACGAGAGCGGCGAAGAGGCUGCUGAGCCGGCUGAAGAGCCUGCGUCUGCGUCGACGUCUGCUGAGCCGGCUCCUGCUGCUGGACCGUCUGAGCCUGCUGCGUCUACUGCGCCGAGCGAUACGGUCGUUGACGAUCAGCCUGAGCGGGACUUUGAGGAGUUCACGGAUGAUGAGGUCGAUGCGGAGGUGUUCGAUGAUGAGGUUGAGGAGGAGAGUGGCGUCACGGAGAAGACUGUCAAUCUGUCUGUCGCCGAUGAUGGUUCGAAGGUCGAAGCUCAAACUCCCGACGGUACUCGUGUUGGUACACCCGCCGGCGCCGCCGCUCUCCGUGAGCCUCCAUCAACACCCACACCAUCCUCUCGUGCAGGCCCAUCUUCCGGACUCGCAUCUUCACCUUCCAAAGCCGGCGCCGGUGGCUCCUACGCUGCCGCGCUCAAAGCAAAGCCGCAAGACUGGCACCUCGAAUUCUCAAUGGACGAGCACGCGCUCCCGCUCGAUCUUACCAUCUACGGCGCGAUCCACCAACACGAGCAGCGCAAAAAGGCUGCGGGCACCCCCUCGACGCCUGCACACUUGCUCUGGCAGGGCGUGUACACUGUCAAGUUCAAGAAGGUGCCGGGCCCUGCACCGCCGGAGGAGGCUGAGGUGUCUCGUGCGCGCUCGCCUACGCCCGCGCUUCCUGGCGAUGCACCGCAUGCGAAGAUCUUGCGCUUGCUCCGCGUACUCAACAAGCUGUCGACGCACGAGGCCGAGCAUGGUCGUGCCGUGCUGCCCGAAUCUGCGUUCGUGAACAACAAGCUCACCGCCAAGCUCACGCGUCAACUCGAGGAGCCUAUGAUCGUCGCGAGCCAAUGCCUUCCCGAUUGGGCUCUCGACCUUCCCACGCGGUUCCCCUUCCUCUUCCCCUUCGCCACGAGGUACAGCUUCGUACAGAGCACCUCCUUCGGCUACGCGCGUCUCAUCCUCAAAUGGCAGAGCGCACAACAGCGCCAGGAGGGUAACGGCUCGAGGCGGGACGACGGCGUGGGCUUCCUUGGACGAUUGCAGCGCCAGAAGGUUCGGAUCAGCCGGAAGCACAUCCUCGAGAGCGCGAUGAAGGUGUUCGAGCUGUACGGGAGCUCGUCGUCGAUCCUCGAAGUCGAGUACUUCGAGGAAGUCGGCACGGGUCUCGGUCCGACGCUCGAGUUCUACGCGCUCGUGAGCCGGGAGUUUGCGAGGCGGGAUCUGAAGGUGUGGAGGGACGACGACUCGGAUAAGCCCGGUGUGCACGUGUGGCACCCGCGCGGGCUGUUCCCCGCGCCUAUCACGCCCGAAGAGCUCGCUGCGGACGGCGGCGCGAAGAAGACGCACAUCGUGCGCGUUAUCGGCCAGUUCGUCGCGAAGGCGCUCCUCGACUCGCGCAUCAUCGACGUGUCGUUCAAUAAGGUGUUCCUGCGCCUCGCGCUGGGCCAGCAUGUCCCGCUCACGAUCGAGUACCUCAAGAUGGUCGACGUCGAGCUCGCGCAGAGUCUGGAGAAGCUGAGGAUCAUGGCGGCGCAGGAGCCCCCGGCGCGAGAUAAGCUCACGGGCCGUGUGGAGGAUAGCGUGAAGAUCGAGGAUCUGGCGCUGGACUUUACGUUGCCGGGGUACGAUAUCGAGCUGAGGCCUGGCGGACGCGAUGUCACGGUCACCAAUGAGAACGUGGAGGAGUACAUUCGGGACGUGAUUGAUGCGAUUAUUGGGGAUGGGGCGAGGUUGCAGGCGAGAGCGUUCAGCGAGGGGUUCAGCAAGGUGUUCCCGAUUGAGGAUCUGAAUGCGUUCACCAUCGAUGAGCUGGCGAUGUUGUUUGGUAAUGCGGAGGAGGAUUGGAGUCCGGAGACUUUGCAAGAGGCACUCAAAGCUGAUCACGGGUUCAACGCCGACUCGCGCACGAUCCGCAAUCUCAUUGAGAUCAUGGCGAGCUACGAUGCGACGACGAGGAGACACUUCUUGCAGUUCAUCACUGGAAGCCCGAAGCUGCCCAUCGGCGGCUUCCGCGGAUUGAACCCAGCGCUCACUGUGGUGCGCAAGCCAAGCGAGGCUCCCCUCACAGCAGACGACUACUUGCCGAGCGUCAUGACCUGCGUGAACUACCUCAAGCUACCCGAUUACAGCGGGCGCGAGGUCAUGGCCGAGCGCAUGCGCGUGGCGAUGCUCGAGGGCGUCGGCAGCUUCCAUCUAUCUUGA